AACAAAUGUGAAAAAAUUAGCAUUUAAGAAAAAAGUUCCGUCAGAUUUUCAUAAUCGGAAUCCAUCAAGGGUCCAAGGCUCUACUCGUAAUUGGAUCUUUUUGUUAUAUUGAAGUUCGAGAAAAUUCUGUUAUGCCUAAACAAGUUUUGAAAAAGGUACUUUUGUACCCAAUAUAAACAUGUAGAUACAAACGUACAUACAUACAUGUGUUUGUGUGUCUAUAGAUCUUCCUCAUCAGGAAAAAGAUUUCUAUCGAACCAAAAUAAAAAGAAUAUACUUUCCUAAACUUAAGUAUUGCCAAACAAAAUUGAGCUUUAAUAGAAUAGUUAUUUUGAACUAAUGCUCCUAAUUUGUUUUAUUACCAAAAGAGUGCAGUUAAUCAAAUGGUCAUUACUAUCUUUGCAUACAGAUGCUGUUCUUAUUGCUGUGACUGGGUUUCCCAAUUCUUGAACACCUAAAUUUGUGAGUCAUUAUUGAUAAAAGUCAAGGUGGUCAUUUCUUCAGGUUCGGGAUAUUACUCACUCGCCAUUUGCAGAGAGAGAGCUUAUGCUGAUAAAGAUUGCUGUGAAUACUGCUGCUAGGAGGGACGUCCUUGAUAUCGCCAGCAUUUUUCGGGCCAAAGCUGUUGAUGUGUCUGAUCAUACCAUUACCCUUGAGCUUACAGGUGAUUUUAACAAGAUGGUUGCACUACAGAGGUUAUUAGAGCCUUUUGGAAUUUGUGAGGUUGCAAGGACAGGGAGGGUGGCAUUGGUGCGGGAGUCGGGUGUAGAUUCCACAUACCUCCGUGGUUACCCCCUUCCAUUGUGAUACUUCGAGUUACUAGCUUACAAUGGUGGAGCAUCUUAAGGCAGAUCAGUGCGGCAUUUGGGAGUUUCGAAAAAUAUGGUGCUUCUUUCAGGUUAUAAAUGUUUCCUCUUUGCACUUAAGAUGUUGACUUUUAACCGAACUACAGUGUAUCUAUUACAUGAAUGACAUGAGCGGAUGUACCUUUACCUCUCUAUUAAUGUCUCUCUCUAUUUUAUUCGAGUAUUUGUUGUA